UGUCCGCCAAGAGAAGAUGAACCUCCACCUCCGAUAUUUGGACUUCACCAGAGAAAAAAAAAACCCGGAAGACUUUUCCGUCAUACAGAGACUACCCCUCCUCCGAGAAUCUCGAUACCAAAAAUGGUUUCGCCUUCUCCAAUUCCAGUGCAACCCACCGACAAGAACACCAAACCUGCAACGGAGUACUAUGAUUUCCCGGUGAUAGAUUUCUCUACAGAAGACAAGUCCCAACUCUCGGAAAUGAUCGUAAGAGCCUGUGAAGAACACGGGUUCUUCAAGAUGAUAAACCACGGAGUGAGUUCAGGUGUUAUAUCGAGGUUCGAACGUGAGGGUGAAGAGUUCUUCAAGAAACCGGCGUCGGAAAAGCUUCGAGCCGGUCCGGCCAGUCCCUUUGGAUAUGGAUGCAAGAACAUCGGCUUUAAUGGCGACAUGGGCGAGCUCGAGUAUCUUCUUCUCCACGCAAAUCCCUCAUCUGUCGCCGACAAAUCUGAAACUAUCUCCCGUGAUCAUCCCUUUGAGUUCAGCUCGGCGACGAAUGACUACAUCGGAGCAGUGAAAGGUGUGGCGUGCGAGAUACUUGAUCUAACGGCGGAGAAAAUGUGGGGAAAGAGAUCGACGGUGAUGAGCGAGUUAAUCAGAGACGUCCGUAGCGAUUCGAUCCUACGGCUGAAUCACUAUCCACCUGUCCCAUAUGCGAUGAAGGGUGUUAGUCAGAUAGGAUUUGGAGAGCACUCGGACCCUCAGAUCUUGACGGUGUUGAGAUCCAACGGUGUAGAUGGCCUCCAGAUAUUCUCACGUGACGGCUCCUGGCUCCCCGUCCCGUCCGACCCCACCUGCUUCUUCGUUUUGGUCGGUGACUGCUUCCAGGCGUUGACGAAUGGGAGAUUUAGGAGCGUGAGGCACAGAGUGAUGGCGAACACGGCGGCGAAGCCAAGGAUGUCGGCGAUGUACUUUGCCGCGCCGCCGUUGGAAGCAAAGAUAUCGCCGUUGCCGGAGAUGGUUUCGCCGGAGAAUCCACGGCGGUAUAAACCCUUUUAUUGGGGAGACUACAAGAAGGCUACCUUCUCUCUCCGUCUCGGCGUCCCUCGCCUCGAGCUCUUUAGGAAUUCAUAAAAUAAAAAAAAACUUCAUUCAUCUUUUUUUUUUUCUCUUCUUCUCUUUCUAAUGUCAACACAGUGAUAAUACAUAGAUGGACUAUAAAUAUACACGUUAUGAUGUAUAUAGUUCGUACACACCAUUAGUGAAGAGAGAUACAGUUUGAUUCUUCUGCAUGCAAAAAGCCGAAUAUACGUGGACUGCGAUAAUUCGAAUCUUUUUCAGAAUAUUAUUA